AUAUACUCGAGAAACCUAGGUAAGUCACGAUUACGAUACUAAGAAUUGUCACUGUCACCACCAAGAUUACAAAUUCCACAAUCCGUGAGGAUAUUGUACGUGCUCGAACUUUCGACACUCGCGACCUCUCGAAUUUGAGCGCCUGAGGUUAACAGCUUGUAAAAAUACUUACUAUAACGACUCAGAAAGACAGCUCAUCUAUUCGCUUCAAUUUGGCCUCACCAUGUCUCUCCCUUCAGAACUACGCAUUUUGUGCUUCAAGCUCAGCUCAACGCCCGUUGCUGAGCUUCCGCGACUUAUUCCAACCCUUCAACAUUAUGUCAUCCGCUGUCAGGGCCCAUUAUCAAGCCCGCCAAACUCUGGGAAAGCGGAUGCAUCCCCAAGUGCGGUGCUAGUCCACAAGCUCAAAACACAAUUAUCAACCCUACUAAAUGGAAGGAGUUUAGAGGGUCGAUUUGCUGCGGUGAUUUUAAUCAAAGGUGUCAUUGAAGUUGGUGGGUGGGAGGUCUUGAGAGGAGCUGAAUCGUGGGCUCGAGGCUUGUUGUCCAUCUUAGAAGUGUGAAAAAGAAUUCCCCGUCAUUUAUCGGAAAUGCUAAUCAUCAUGCAGAAAUCAAACCUACCAGUGUUGAAAGAAUUGUGUAUCGUGGCACUCACCAAGAUUUAUUCAAUGACCCAUCAAUAUCCAACACUGGUCCGGGAGAUAACCACACCAACUUUAUCAGCAUAUGUGGACUCCUGUCUUAAAGCAAUCUCAGGUCAGGAUGUGCCUUCUUCACUCAUUGAGAGUGUGUUUCAGUCUUUUGCAUCACUUUUGCCCCACCAUACGACAACUUUCCGGCCAUUUACCUUCAAGUUACGGGCUGCCACUAGACUUUACCUUGCUCCAACGCUUUCGGGCAAUGUAUUUGUACCUUCUUCACUUCAAGAAAGUGCACGUCACCUGGUGGUUUUGAUCCCUCUGACGGCCCCAAAGGCGAGUGGAAAGGAUACGACUGGGGAGGAAUGGGCGAAAGCAGUUCGAGAACUCAUCAAAACCACCCACGUCACAGCUGACAGUGUUUUCCGAGCCGUUGUUGAAGAUUGGGAGUCAAGUACGGAUUAUAUCGGCGAAAGUGUUGAUAUCAAUAGAGAACUAAGCGGUGGAGGUGAUGCAGCGGAAGAUUUCCCUGCCUGGACUGGCGUCACUUCUGGAGUGGAAAGAUUAGUUGGAUUGGUGGGACUUUUGGCCGAAUAUUGCAAGGCUGAGACAUCCACACAUGUCUGCAUACCACUGGGAGCUAUUUUGGACUUGGUGUCAAGAAUAUUAUCAAUCGCUGUUCCAUCAUCUGAUGGAUCAUCAGGUCAAGGAAAUGCCCGACUUCACCCAGCGAUUGACCGAGAUGAGCGAGAUGGAUUAUGGUGUGGAAUGCCUGAGAUAUACAUCACGGCUCUAGAUCUUAUCCAAACUCUCGCUGGACGGUUACAAGAAGGGUUUGUUCCAAUAGCACAGGAAAUCCUAGAUCAAAUAGUAUGGCUAUUCCCCUUCGCCAAAAGCACCACCGAAUUUCGCACCAUCGCUUACGCGGUUACUUCCAAUAUCCUCGUCCACACCGGCCAAAGUUUCGACAAGACCCAGACCGGAAAGGUAUUCCCAAUAAUUCGAGCCUGUUGCAAGGACCUCCAAUCAUACGAUGACACCGCAAAAGAUGCCAAAAUACAAGAAGGAUUGAUUACAGGCAAAAAGUCACAAUUUGUAAAUCAAAACGCCGACAGUUUUCUCCAAUCCAAACAACCAACAACCCUGUCAUCUCUCGAGGAUACACCCCUAACACGCUCAGCCAAGUCUCUCCUCCCACUCUUCCUAUCCCACCUCCCUCAACAGCACAUCGACAUCUCUCUUCGCGCCCUUCUAGAACGAACGGCCAUCCUAGCCCAUCAAAAAGACGCCAUGCUAGCCAGCAUCCUGAAUCCAUUUGUUGGGAAGAAUGGAAAGGCUAUGGCCAGCAUCUUGCCCCAUCUCACCAGAGAAUUUCCCGAAGACGAUGUGGUGGAAAUUUUACUUCGUCCUAGAAUGCCGCUUGUCUCUUCGGGUGGACUGAAAGGGCUUUCUUACGAUGCUGAAAAUCUUGAUGAAGAGGAUGAGGAUAUGGGGAUUGGUGCUGAGGAUGAGGAGGAACGAUUCGAGGUCGAGAGACAGAUUCAUGGUGAGACGACCGGGCAUGAGGUUGUUGAUAAUCAACCUGGUCUUGGGUUUACGAAAUCCCAAAAAGAUCCUUUUGCUACUGGCGCCAAAAACGGAUUUUCUACUUCGAGGUCGAAUACUGGGGUUGCGGCACCUUCCAGUGCUAUGGUUGAUCAUCUUUUCGAAGCCAGUAAAAAGGAUUCCGUCGCCGUUUCUCAAGCCGGCAAUGAAGAUGUUGCGAUGGAUGGAGGGGAGGAAUCGAGCGACGAUGAGUCUGUGCAUCUUACUAUGCAGUUAGAUACUGAUUCCGAGGAUGAGUGAAAAAUAGGAUACUUAUUCUGUGAAAGUUGCGGGGAAUCGAGAAAGGUUGAUUGUUGUACAAUUUUGUAUCCUUGGCGUCCUUGAUAUAAGCGACAAUGUUUGCAGUCAUGGAUUCGUGUAUUCUUCGCCCUGAGCUUACACCUAGAAAGAAGGUGAGAAUAGUAAAGACUUCAUAAAUCAAUUUCAUACUACUAUG